GAGCAAAAACCAGCAUCUCAAAGAAAAAGAUUUGAAAUGUCCGAAAGUUAGGUUAUGUUUUGUUACUUUGUUUUUAUUUGUGAUUUAUUGGGAAUUCAAAUAUUCCUUAAUAAUUUGUGAUUCUGAAAAAAACGAUAAAAAAUGGGAAAAUUUGCUUUGCCGAAGUGGGAUACUAAUGAAGUAGGGGAUAAAAUAUGUAAAACUCUUUUCAAGGUAAGAAUUAUUCCAAUCUCCCCCAAUAUUAUGAAACAUUCUUUAACAGAAGGCUCUGUUCGUUCAUUAGUUUUCUUGACAGGUUCAGUUAUGAAUUUCAAAUGGAGGCCCAUUUUAUCUCUUAUUUAUUUAAAGUAUACAAAAUAUUAUAGUAAUUACGUUCUCCCUUCAAAAUCUGCCAUUUCAUACAAAAAUUUUAAUUCGGUUAUGAGCAAGUCAAUAUUUUAUCAUACACAUUGUUCUCAAAGAAUUGUCAGUACCUUGGAUAAGAAAGUAGUAGAGUGUAAUGAAGCUAAUGGUAAUGAAAAGGAAAAUUCAUUGAAAUCCUUGAAAUACUCUUUGCUAUGUUUGGGAUUCGGCAUAGCAACUAUUGGAUCUUUUUUAUUUCUGAAAUAUGGAAGCCCAAGAAUAGAUGAUAGUGGAAACAUUAUCCAAGAUGAAUAUACAGAACUUCCGGUUUGGCAGCAAUACAUAUAUCGAUGUAUGGAUGCUAUAAGAACAUUAACCUUGUUCAUUCAGCAACCCUCUCGUGAAAAGUUAUUGCCAGAUCCCUUGAAGCCUCCAUAUCAUCAACCUCCAUACACAUUAAUUUUAGAGUUAACAAAUGUACUUGUACACCCAGACUGGACUUAUAAAACUGGUUGGAGGUUCAAAAAACGGCCUGGACUCGAUCAUCUUCUAGAAAAUUUGGUUGGAUUAUAUGAAAUAGUUAUAUUCACUGCAGAACAGGGUAUUAUUGUCUUUCCAUUAUGCGAGGCUCUAGAUCCAAAAAAUUUAAUCUCCUACAAGUUGGUUAGAGAUGCCACUCAUUUCAUAGAUGGUCAUCACGUCAAAAAUCUUGAUAAACUCAACAGGGAUUUGAGUAAAGUAAUCGCGAUUGAUUUUAAUGACGAAUCUUUGAAACUACACGGAGACAAUCUGCUCAAUAUUGGUUCUUGGAAUGGUGACGAUGAUGAUGUUUUAAUCGAUUUAACAUCUUUUCUGACUACCAUAGCUCAAAAUCAAGUGGAGGAUGUUAGAGAAGUUUUGAAAUACUACAAAACUUUCAAGAAUCCAUUAGCGACUUUCAGGCAGAAGCAGAAGGAAAUUUUUGAAGAGAAACAUGAAAGUAUAACUAUGACACAGCCAAAAAUUAAAAGGAAAUACUUUUUUUAGAAUAACGCAAGGGAAUAAAAUUAUUAGACUAU